UGCGUAAUUGAAAGCUUGCUGUUCGCCAUCUUUUGGGUGUAAUCCAACGCCCUCAAGUGUCCAAAAAAGGCAAUUAAAUCAUGGAGCAAGAAGCAGUUGCCACAACAACAGCUCCAGCAACUGCAGCUACAGGUGAUGCAUUCAAUGAUAUACAGAACUACUUGACUGAUUUCAACAAAGAGAUACAAUCUGGGGGGACCAACCAGGCUUAUAAUGUAGAAGGUUACUACCAGGGGGCACCACCAGGAUACUCUCAGUUCCAACAGCAACAACAAACAUAUGGGACUUACACAACAGCUGAUGGAAGCCAGGCGCAACAAGGCCAAGAAGAUAUCAAGAAAGUUGUCCAGAAUGGAGAAGAGGGUGAAGAAGGCCAGCAGGUGGAGCCACCAGCUUUGGAAAAACAAGUGACCAAUCAGGAAGGUGCCCAGAUGAUUCAGGUGGGAGAUGGGGAGAUGGUCGCCCUCCAAGCAGGGGACCAAGGACAGGCGCAGAUUAUUGUCCCUUCAACACAGCAGGGAACCUCAAAUGAAGGCCAGGUUGUGUUGAAUCAGGACAAUUACCAAACAGUGACAAUUGUCCCCUCUGACAAUCAACAAGGUGGUGGGGAGGUCAGUUAUGUCCUCAUUGUGUCCCAGCCUGAUGGGGACAAAGAUGCUGAGAAUAUGGACAUGUCUGUCUAUGAUUUCAAGGGGGAGGAGAUGACAACUCUCACCCAGGAUUCUGAUGAGGAUGGUGGGGGUGCUGCAGGGACACCACGCAACAAGGUGAUACGGGUCACCCCCAAGAAGAUGCCCCCAGCUAGUACAUCUGCACUCAUGUGUAAUUACUGCAACUACACAAGCCCUAAGAGGUACCUACUUACACGUCAUAUGAAGACUCAUUCAGACGAGCGUCCCCAUAAGUGUUCCAUCUGCAAUAGAGGUUUCAAGACAAUUGCUUCAUUGCAGAAUCAUGUGAACACACAUACAGGCACACGUCCACAUAAAUGUAAGGACUGUGAGGCUGCAUUCACCACCUCAGGAGAACUGGUGCGCCAUACUCGUUACAGACAUACAUUUGAGAAGCCCCACAAAUGUACAGAGUGUGACUACGCUAGUGUUGAACUAAGCAAAUUAAAGAGGCAUAUGAGGUCCCAUACAGGAGAGAGGCCCUAUGCUUGUCCUCAUUGUUUGUAUGCCAGCCCUGACACAUUCAAACUAAAGCGCCAUUUGAGAAUACAUACUGGCGAGAAACCCUAUGAAUGUGACAUCUGCCAUGCUAGGUUCACCCAGAGUAACAGUCUUAAGUCUCACAAGUUGAUCCACUCUGGCAAUAAGCCUAUAUACCAGUGUGAGUUGUGCCCUACAACAUGUGGACGCAAGACAGACUUGAAGAUUCACGUUCAGAAGCUUCACACCAGUGACGUACCCCUGUGCUGCAAGAAAUGCAACAAGUCAUUCCCUGAUAGGUACACAUACAGACUUCAUGUAAAGGUCCAUGAUGGGGAGAAAUGCUACAAAUGUGAACUAUGCGCAUAUGCUGCUCUCUCGCCACGUCAUUUGGAGAGCCACAUCCUUACGCAUACAGGUGAGAAACCCUACCAGUGUGAAGAGUGUCAGCAGUGUUUCCGUCAGAAGCAGUUAUUGCGACGUCACAAAAAUUUGUACCACACCCCCGACUAUGUCCCCCCUACCCCUAA